CAGUAGUUCAAUUAGAAUCUGUCAUAAUUCUUGAUCCAUUUUCAAUAUGAAGAGGUAGUAAAUCAAAUGAAGUUUCCCUUUCAUUGAACAACACAACUCUCAGAUCCCUUUCAUGCAUAUCAUAUAGUGGCUAAUGAGCUGCUUCCUCUAAGCGGAACCAACCGGCUGAUUUUGUCUAAUGCUCUUCAAAAGUAGUCAAGGAGAGAGAGGGAAGAAGUGAAGGACUGCUGUAACUAGGAUCUUGCUUUUGCAUUUUUGUCAGCCAGAUCAGUGAAAACAUAAUGAAGCUUCAGCCUUUACUGGCAGCUAUUGCUUUUCUUAUUCUGCUGCUAUCAGUAUUUCUUCAUGUUAUAGCUGAUCUUGAUUCCGAUAGACAGGCGCUACUCGACUUUGCAGAAUCUGUCCCUCAUAUCCGAAAACUCAACUGGAAUUUGGCUCUCCCUAUUUGCAAAUCUUGGGCUGGUAUAGCUUGUAACAAAGAUGGAACGAGAGUCAUUGCAAUCCAUCUCCCUGCUGUAGGACUUUUUGGUCCUAUCCCAGCUAAUAGUAUAGGCAAGCUAGAUGCUCUUAAAGUCCUUAGUCUAAGAGCCAAUUAUCUUAAUGGAAGUGUUCCUUCUGAUCUCCUUUCGAUACCGUCUCUCCAAUCUGUCUACCUUCAGCAUAAUAGCUUCUCUGGUGAUAUUCCUGUUUCUUUAUCUCCUCGUCUUGGUGUACUAGAUCUCUCCUUUAACUCUUUUACUGGAGAAAUCCCCCCCACAAUCAAGAACUUGACGCGAUUAUCUGUGUUGAACCUUCAGUUCAAUUCAUUGACAGGAGAAAUCCCCAGCCUUGACACCCUCAGGUUAACUAACCUGAAUUUGAGUUACAAUAUGCUAAAUGGCUCCGUUCCAGACCCCCUCCAGAAGUUUCCACUUACAUCAUUCGCAGGAAACUCUCAUUUAUGUGGUACACCUCUAAAUAGCUGUUCCUCGACCCCGUCACCUUCUCCAGCAGCUGAUGGCUCUGCAAUCCCUGAAAAACAGAAGGCUGUCCACUCUAAGAAACUAAGUACCGGAAUCAUCGUUGCCAUUGUGGUAGUGGUUUCUUUAGUAAUGUUUCUCCUAGUUUUAGUAAUCUCCUUCUGCUGCUUGAAAAAGAAAGUGAGUCAUAGCACUAGCAUAAUUAAAGAGAAGGUGGCUAAUGGGGGAAGAAGUGAAAAACCCGAGGACUUUGGAAGUGGUGUGCCAGAUGCUGAGAAAAACAAGUUGGUGUUUUUCGAAGGUUGCUCUUACAGCUUCAAUCUGGAGGAUCUUCUUAGAGCUUCUGCUGAGGUUCUUGGUAAAGGGAGUUAUGGUACAGCUUACAAAGCUGUUUUGGAUGAGGCAACAAUUGUGGUGGUGAAACGGCUGAGAGAAGUAGGAGUUGCUAAAAAAGAGUUUGAACAGCAUAUGGAGAUAGUUGGAAGGGCUGGGAGGCACCCUAAUAUCGUCCCACUCCGUGCAUACUAUUAUUCCAAGGAUGAGAAACUUCUUGUUAACGAAUACAUGCCUGCUGGUAGCUUGUCAGCAGCCUUGCACGGUAAUCGAGGUAUUGGAAGAACUCCACUAGAUUGGGAUUCAAGAUUGAAGAUAUCUCAGGGAGCAGCAAAAGGAAUUGCCCACAUCCACACUGAAGGUGGUGUGAAAUUUACUCAUGGAAACAUCAAGUCCUCCAAUGUACUCCUGACAAGAGACCUAGAUGGAUGCAUUUCUGAUUUUGGCUUAACACCUCUGAUGAACUACAUAUCAUACAAAUAUAGAUGUGCUGGUUACCGCGCACCAGAAGUUAUUGAAACACGGAAAGGGACACAAAAAUCCGAUGUUUAUAGCUUUGGAGUGCUGCUCCUUGAGAUGCUAACAGGCAAAUCCCCUCUCCCAUUAUCAGGGCAGGAUGAGGUAGUUGAUUUGCCUAGGUGGGUCCGGUCCGUUGUAAGAGAGGAAUGGACUGCUGAAGUUUUCGACGUAGAGCUGUUGAAGUACCAGAAUAUUGAAGAAGAGAUGGUGCAGAUGCUUCAGAUUGGACUAGCUUGUGUAGCAAAGGUGCCUGAUAUGAGACCUGCUAUGGGAGAAGUGGUUAGAAUGAUUGAAGAAAUUCGACAACCAGAAGGUGAAACGAGACCUUCCUCGGAGGACAGCAGGUCCAAGGACUCUAAUGCACAAACACCUGAAUGAAAAAUGCAGUUUUUAGUCAUUCAGCUUUCAAUUCUUGAUCAUUUUAAGAAUGCAAUUUAUCUCCAUUGCCAACUUUUGCAUGUUCUUGGACAUACAAGUAGUGUUAUUUUUAUUUUAUUUUUUUUAUCUUGAUGUUAUAUCCUAUUCUGGCCUCUAUAGAAACUUAUCAGCUCAACAUAAAUGAGAACCUUUGUUUUCUCUA